GCCUGCUUCACUCUACCUGGAACCAUGAAUGAGGCCCGCAGGGACAGCACAAGCAGUCUGCAGCGCAAGAAGCCGCCUUGGUUAAAGCUGGACAUCCCGGCUGCGGUGCCCCUGGCCACAGAGGAACCUGUCUUCCUGCAGCCCUUAAGAUGCCAGGCUUUCCUGCGGAGUGUGAGCAUGCCGGCCGAGACCGCCCGUGUGCCUUCCCCGUACCGUGAGCCCCGGCGGCCUGUGCUGCAGCGGCAGAUGUCUAUCACACAGACCAUCCGCAGGGGGACGGCUGAUUGGUUCGGCGUGAGCAAAGACAGUGACAGCACGCAGAAGUGGCAACGCAAAAGCAUCCGUCACUGCAGCCAGCGAUACGGGAAGCUGAAGCCUCAGGUCAUCCGGGAGCUGGACCUGCCCAGCCAGGACAAUGUGUCGCUGACCAGUACUGAGACUCCGCCUCCGCUCUAUGUGGGGCCGUGCCAGCUGGGGAUGCAGAAGAUCAUAGACCCUCUGGCCCGGGGCCGGGCCUUCCGCCAGGCAGACGACACUGCUGAUGGCCUGAGUGCUCCGCACACGCCUGUCACGCCAGGUGCUGCCUCCCUCUGCUCCUUCUCCAGCUCCCGCUCAGGUUUCAACCGACUCCCUCGGAGACGCAAGCGUGAGUCUGUGGCCAAGAUGAGCUUCCGGGCAGCUGCAGCGCUAGUGAAGGGCCGCUCUGUUAGGGAUGGCACAUUGCGCCGAGCACAGCGCCGAAGCUUUACCCCUGCCAGCUUCCUGGAGGAGGACACGGUGGACUUCCCUGAUGAGCUGGACACGUCUUUCUUCGCCCGGGAAGGUGUCCUCCAUGAGGAGCUGUCCACAUACCCGGACGAGGUGUUUGAGUCCCCGUCGGAGGCCGCGCUCAAGGCCUGGGAGAAAGCCCCUGAGCAGGCCGACCUCACGGGUGGGGCCCUGGACCGCAGCGAGCUGGAGCGCAGCCACUUGAUGCUGUGAGUGCAGCAGGCAGGCCGGAGAUUCCCGGUGGCUGGGAAGCCAGGGCGGCGCUCCCAGUCGCUGCUGCCUCCUGGGAAAUGCAACACCCGGGCUGCACCUCUCAGCCGGGAGGAGGAACCGGGAGGAGGAAGUGACCUGGUCAGUGUGGCUGAGGUCCGGAGCCUCUUGUGGGUCCUGGGCGGGGCCGCGUUGCUCCUGCUGGUAAGGAAGAGGCCUGGCCCACAGGGCCCAUCGGCCGGCCAGAGGCUGACCAGCGUCCUCCUCCGCUGGGCGGACCGCGGCAGGCCGGCGGAGGACACUGGCUCAUGCUCCGCCUGCAGGCCCUUCUUCACCUACUGGCUCACCUUUGUGCACUCGCUGGUCACCGUUCUAGCCGUGAGCAUCUAUGGCUUCGCGCCCGUGGGCUUCUCGCAGCAUGAGACGGUGGACUCGGUAUUGCGGAACCGGGGUGUUUACGAGAAUGUCAAGUACGUGCAGCAGGAGAACUUCUGGAUCGGCCCCAGCUCGGAGGCCCUCAUUCACCUGGGUGCCAAGUUCUCACCCUGCAUGCGCCAGGACCCACAGGUGCACAGCUUCAUCAGCACUGCUCGUGAACGGGAGAAGCACUCUGCCUGCUGCGUGCGCAACGACCGCUCGGGCUGCGUGCAGACCUCGGAGGAGGAGUGCUCGUCCACGCUGGCAGUGUGGGUGAAGUGGCCCAGGCAUCCCAGUGCCCCAGACCUUGCCGGUCACAAGAGGCAGUUUGGCUCUGUCUGCCACCAAGACCCCAGGGUGUGUGAUGAGCCCUCCUCUGAGGAUCCCCACGAGUGGCCAGAAGACAUCACCAAGUGGCCGAUCUGUACCAAAAACAGUGCUGGGAACCACACCAAUCACCCUCACAUGGACUGUGUCAUAACCGGCCGGCCCUGCUGCAUUGGCACCAAGGGCAGGUGUGAAAUCACCUCCCGGGAGUACUGCGACUUCAUGCGAGGCUACUUCCACGAGGAGGCCACGCUCUGCUCUCAGGUGCACUGCAUGGAUGAUGUGUGCGGUCUCCUGCCUUUCCUCAACCCUGAGGUGCCUGACCAGUUCUACCGCCUGUGGCUGUCCCUCUUCCUGCACGCUGGGAUUCUGCACUGCCUGGUGUCCGUUUGCUUCCAGAUGACUGUCCUGCGCGACCUGGAAAAGCUAGCAGGCUGGCACCGCAUAGCCAUCAUCUAUCUGCUGAGUGGCGUCACUGGCAACCUGGCCAGUGCCAUCUUCCUGCCAUACAGGGCGGAGGUGGGCCCGGCCGGCUCGCAGUUUGGCAUCCUGGCCUGCCUCUUCGUGGAGCUCUUCCAGAGCUGGCAGAUCCUGGCACGGCCCUGGCGCGCCUUCUUCAAGCUGCUGGCUGUGGUGCUCUUCCUCUUCGCCUUCGGGCUGCUGCCCUGGAUCGACAACUUUGCGCACAUCUCGGGCUUCGUCAGCGGCCUCUUCCUCUCCUUUGCUUUCUUGCCCUACAUCAGCUUCGGCAGGUUUGACCUGUACCGCAAACGCUGCCAGAUCAUCGUCUCCCAGGCGGUCUUCCUGGGCCUGCUGGCCGGCCUGGUGACCCUCUUCUACUUCUAUCCCGUGCGCUGUGAGUGGUGCGAGUUCCUCACCUGCAUCCCCUUCACCGACAAGUUCUGUGAGAAGUAUGAGCUGGACGCUCAGCUCCACUGAGCCGGCCGUGGGUGCUGGUGGCCAUGACCACCCUCACCCUCACAGGCACGCAGGACUCUGCCUCAUCCGUGUGGGACUUGCGUUUUCUGGACACAGACCUCUUGUGCCUUGUUCCUUUAUACUGCCGGGCAUUUAUUACACGAAUUCCCAUGAUAACCCUUCUAACUAGUCCCUCGACGACCACUGCAUGUGGCCAAUAAAUGGACCGGGAGCGUUUUAGCUGCCACUAACUG